AUCAAUUUUAGUGUAUAACCACGUCCAGCGUCGGGCUUCUAAUUGAUAAGUUCAAGUAACAACUGUUUCACGUUUUUUACAAGCUUUGCUCAGCAAGCUUAGAUGAGCUCGUCUCUACAUUGACUCAAGUAUCGCGAGACGAGAGACUCCGCGAUGUCCGCGCCGGCUAGCCAACUGCCAGGUUCACGAUGGCCAACGUGAAGCGAUUACAUGAUGAGGAUGAGGUGUGAUGAUGGAGGAUGUUGUUGUUCAUCAUCAUCUUGAAGACUCUGAUGGACUGAGUGAUUUAAUCGCAACCACAGAGAAGCUCCUUGAGCCUUUUGUCUGCCGGCCUCCUCCCGUCUUCACGCCGUGGUUCUCUUAUUCAUCAUCAGAACGCCCCCCGCCCAUCAGACCGGCAAAAUGUGCUCCCGUCAUCAAGGCGGCUGAUUUAAAGGGUCUCCAUGAGGCUUCAAAAGAUGGUGUAUGCAUCUCUGGAACCUCAAACUCGCUGUCUUCUGACAAGAAGCGCAUCGCUGUCACCGCGGUGGCGGUCAAGCGGUCCUGGAACGUGCUGGCUUCCAAAGGUGUGCAUCAACCCUCGCCAUCGCUCUCUAAACGCUUCCAUCACACCCUGUCCGUGCAUGCGCUGCACCCGCACCAGAGGUCCAAGUGGGUCAUCAGUCAGCAUAACUGUGGAGCUGCACGAGACAUCGAAAAGGUGUGGCAAGCUCUGAGCAGGGCCACCCGGCGAGGCGGCUUGCCCACUUGCAACGCCAACAUCCAGCGUGAGCGGGCUGAGAUCUGGGUGUUCUGCGACGUGGCGUACUCUGAGCAGGUGGGACUCUUCCUCAAGGGGCGUCUGCAGUUGUUGGGCAGCAUCAGGCUGCACGUGCACAAGCUUGGAGACAUCCUCAGGUUGUAGCGAUGACUUCACGCAGCCUCCUCAUUGCCAUGGCGACCCAAAAGCACACUCAUGAAGCACAAUGUGGAGCGUCAAAAAACACCUUGUGCCAAAUAUCUGACAAAACAUCACACGUUGAAAGUUGAACACAGUCCAUGUCGGAACGGUGGUCGACUUCCGAAUUAUAUUGAAAGCAAUGAAAUAAUAUGUUCAGGGUCACAAACUGUGGUGGUCAUAAAACCUCUAUGAACUUAACAGGGAAUUUUAAAGUGAACUUUUAAAUUAUAAAAAUCAAGUAAUGUAUGGAGCGUAUGGGAGUCAUGCUGCAUUGAAUGUGAUGUCACUUCCUGAGUGUACUUUUCUUUCAGAAGCUCUUGUUGAGGCCAUUCAUGCUUUUGGAAAAAAAGCAUUGCAUUAAAAAAGCUAAACCCUCAGA